UGAUGUAGUAGCCGAAGCUUGUAUUAGCCUAGCUUGCGUACAUAACAUGAACUACUAACUAGCUGACUAUUAUUUAUCUAUAUUUUCUAACGGAGCUAUCAAAACAAACUGAGAUCGGAAUGACCAUUUCCUGUCAGUUUGAUAUGCAUUUCCUGUUGCGAAAUAGCUAGCUAGCGGUUCGUGUGCAGCCUGCUAGCCGUUAGCUAAUUGUAGCUAGCUAGAUGAUGUGUUGUAGUAGGCUUGGAAAUAAUCAUAUUUGCCGAAAGACAUUGAAUAUGGAAGGAUCGUGUAACAUUUGCACGUUGCACCGGGGAUAUAUUGCAACGGACAUCAUUUUUGGAGGAUAACCUGGAUAACCUUAGCUACAUGAAAUGUAAUAAACUAGCCGCGGAGUUGGAGGGACCCACAACCCCCUGAACAGCUGUAUUGAUGGAGAAAUGUCCUCCAAGACGAUAGCAAAUAUAAUACUGUACAAGGUUUAGCGGAAUUAUUUUAGUUUGCUAUCUUGUCUCUAUAUCUAGUCUGUCAAGCAAAUAGUAGACGGGUCAUUCCGAGAUUGCUAGCUACUUAGUCAAUGAUGAGGUAGCUAACUGCUGCCAGUGCUGGUGAAGAAAUCACAGCUGUUUUGGCAUCUGCAAACAAGACUGGCUGUGUCAGACAAACCUUCGGCCUUGUCCAGAAAUACAAGAUUUGUGAAACUGGCACAAUACAUACAUUUGUGAAACUGGCACAACUGUAAACAAGGACAUUUGAGCAGUCUGUAUUGAAGUGAGGAUAAUUUAUCCUGAUCAUCGAGAUCUGACAUAACUAUAAUGAGGAAGUUUUUUGAUUCAUCUCGUCGGGAGUUGGUCAGUUCUGGACCUGGGUCUGGAGGGGGUAGCAGUGGAUCCAGCCAUGCAGGUGGCAAUUUAAUUGGACGUUCAUGUACUAUUGGGCGGCACCAAGUCACUAUUGAAGAAACAGUGGCCGAAGGGGGGUUUGCCAUUGUGUUCCUGGUACGAACCAGCCAGGGGCUCCGCUGUGCCCUCAAGAGGAUGUAUGUCAACAAUGAGCACGACCUGCAGGUGUGCAAGCGAGAGAUCCAGAUUAUGAAGGACCUGGUCGGCCAUAAGAACAUUGUUGGCUAUCUGGACUCUAGUAUCACCACUUGUGGAGGAGGAGAUGUGUGGGAAGUGCUCAUCCUCAUGGACUACUGUAAAGGAGGCCAGGUGGUGAACCUGAUGAACCAGCGUCUGCAGACAGGCUUCACCGAGGCAGAGGUACUGCAGAUCUUCUGUGAUACGUGUGAAGCCGUGUCUCGACUGCACCAGGGCAAGACACCCAUCAUCCACAGGGACCUUAAGGUGGAAAACAUCCUGUUACAUGAUAAGGGUCACUACGUGCUGUGUGACUUCGGAAGCGCCACCAAUAAGUUCCAGAACCCACAGACCGAAGGAGUGCCAGUAGUCGAUGAGGAAAUAAAAAAGUACACCACUUUGUCAUAUCGUGCUCCUGAGAUGGUAAACCUCUACAACAGCAAGAUUAUCACUACUAAAGCUGACAUAUGGGCAAUGGGCUGUUUGCUGUAUAAGCUGUGCUACUUCACUCUACCCUUCGGGGAGAGCCAGGUGGCCAUCUGUGAUGGCAGUUUCACCAUUCCUGACAAUUCCCGCUACUCCUACGACCUGCACUGCCUCAUCCGGUACAUGCUGGAGCCCGACCCUGACAAAAGACCUGACAUCUACCAGGUGUCCUACUUUGCUUUUAAACACGCUCGUCAGGACUGCCCUGUUCAGAAUGUUAAGAACUCUCCAAUUCCUGCUCAACUCCCUGAGCCAAUCAAAGCCAGCGAGGCUGCUGCAGCGAAGAAGAGCCAGAGCCAGACACAGAGUAAGGCCAGACUGACAGACCCCAUCCCCACCACUGAGACCUCCAUCACGCCCCGGCAGAGGCCCAAGGCGGGCCAUGCCCAGCCCAGCGCUGGAAUCAUACCCAUCCAGCCGGCUGCCCUCACCCCUCGCAAACGUGCCAACCUCCCUGCCGGGGGGGCCCUUCCUCUUGGAGUGAACUUAAACCUUGCCCAGCAAGUGGCAGCCCUCCAAUCACAGAAGGCACAGACCUCAGCUCCGCUUCAGCCAGCGACCGGCCAAUCACAUAACCCUCCCAGUGAGGCCACACCCCAGCUGGGUGGAAAGCCCCAGACUGGUGCUCAGCAGAAGCAGCCAGGACAGUUGCAGCCUAUCGCAGCAGUGGGAGUCCCACCUGUGCAGACCAAGGCGGAGGCACCGAGCACCCCUCAACAGGCCAUGCCUCCCCCGGUGGCCAGUCCUUCCCCUCAGAAGGCCCAGGCUCCGUCCAGCCCAGCCCCACCCAAAGCUCCAGCACGUCGUAAGCAGGCCAGCCAGGCCCAGCAGCAACCAUCCGCUCAGCCUACUCCAGCCCAACCUCUGGCUGCACAGCAGCCUACAGCUCGGCAGCAACCAGUUCCUCAACAACCAGUUGCCCAGCAACCAGUAGCUCAGACAGAAGCGGCCCAGAAGCCACCUGUCAAGACCCAGUCCACCCCUGCCGAGACCAGUCACAACACAGCUGAGACUGAGACGACUCCGCACCACUCUCCACAGGCAGCUGAGCGCACCCCGAGUAACGUUACCCAGAAUGCAGUCGGUGGGCUACCUGGAAGUGACUCCAGCCUACUACUGCAAGAGGCCACAGCAGAGGAUGACCUCAACCAGUUAAUAUCUGUCGGUACAACUCCACCCAAUUCCACCCGGUCCCUUCAGCAGAGUGUGUGUGAACCAGCACAAGACGGCAACUUCGCUGCCUUUGCCCAUUCCCCUACCCCUGGCCAAGCCACCGGUUCCCCCACGCAGCCCGCCUGGAACCCUUUUGGUGAUGAUGACUUCUCCAAUCUCAGUGCGGAGCAUCUGAUUAACAAAGACCUGGUUGAUGAACAGGCUGAUGACGUGGCUGCAGAAGCAGAGGUGGAGACGGCCCCCACAGAGGAACUGAUACCUGGCCUGCUGGAGGUCUCCUCUCCUGGGGAAACAACCCCCCAACCUGCUGUAGAGCAAUCUGAAGACAUCCUUGGACUGGAUAUAGGAGAGUCUUUGUUGACUGUUCCGGUCCCUUUCAGCACCCUAGCACUCUCAGACACUCCAGAGAAGCUUAUUGAGGGACUGAAGUCCCCAGAUACACACCACCUGCUCCCUGACCUCCUGUCCAUGGCUGAUCCCUUUGGCAGAACGGUGGUGGAGGCUGUUAAUGUAGUGGGUCCAGCAGAGAACUCUCUUGUGAGUCUGGACUCUCUGAUCCCUGGUCUGGAGGCUCCUGUGUCCCAGUCUGAGACGGACUCUACGCUGCUUCAUGAUCCCCUGCUUGGGGAGGACUCUCUGCUGUGUUGCUCUCUCAUCUCUCCCCCUUCUGGAGCCUCCUCUCUCUCCUCUGCUCCCGCUUCUGCUGGCGUUAGGUCUGUUCUGGAAGAGUUUGACCUGGCAUCUGGGGGUUCCACCCAGUUUCUGUCAGACUCCUCAGAUCUCCUGAUCCCAGGCUUUGAGCCUCCGCCCAGUGCAGAGACAGGCAUCGAGGAUGAGUUUGACCCCAUCCCUGUCAUGGCCUCCUCCCAAGUUUCAGGAGGCCACUCUCGAAGUAACAGUGGCAGCUCUGAGUCCAGCCUUCCCAGCCUGGCCCGCUCCCUGCUCAUGGUGGACCAGCUCAUCGACCUGUAGAGGGCGGUGGGGAGCCGGGACACUAAAGAGAGGGGGAGUGGGGGGAUGGAGAGACGAGGUAGAAGUAUUGAUGCUGGAGAGGAAAAUAGACCCCACCAUUAGUCGUUACACCCCUUCACCAUUCAUCACCAACGCUUGUUCCAUGGGAACUCCUGCUGUCAUUCCGAACGCACUGGGCCAUAGAGUUCUAGAACCAUAAUCAUUGUCCUGUCUGUGUUUGUCCCAUCAUGCCUCUGAUAUUGAUUCCCAUCAUGUCCACCACUUUUCUUCUUCCCCCCCUCUGCCCUCUCAUUUCAUGCUCUCACAGCAUUUAGGCCUAUGUUCUGUUGCCUUCUGCGGUCAUCAUGGAAAACAAGUUCAUGGCACACCGCUUCUAACUUUUGCGUUCAUGGCACCCUAACAAUAUAACUUUUGCUUUCACGACACACUAACUUUUUCUAGCUUUUGUAUUUGUCACUCUAACUUGAUCCAAGAGUUCUUCUUUCUGUAGACCAGGGUCAAAUGUUUCACCCUGUUUCACUCCUAUCUCUCUGGUCAGUCUUGUCCUGUAAGCAACCAGAUAAUUUGACUCUUGUUGUUAGUAGAUGUUGUUAUGGUGGACAAGUAGAUGUUUUGUCUCCUGCCUUUCUCCAGGGUUAUAUUUCACUAGGAUUAAUAUUUGCGCACAUUCGGUAACAACAAUAUCACAACAUUGAUUUCUUCUAAACAUUUUGAGGUGUACUGUAGAACGUUGAAAAAAUGGUUGUCUGUCUGCCAAUUUAGUUUUCCACAUUCCAGUGGCUGAGUUGUCAGGGAUUGUGCUUUAACCCUUAGCGUGAGGUAUCAUAGCCGGCGUGAUGGGAUAGAUGUCAUAUCUAAAAUGACUGAUUACUCCACCAGCUGGUCCAGAGGUUGAGCCUCUCUGUGGACACAUCCUCCCAGCUGCCAUUAGCAGAGCACUGUAAGAACCACCAGGCAGGUUACCUGUCUAUGGUCAAAAUGAGCUAGGAAGUUAUUCAAAAAAGUUAUAAGUUAGCACUAACAUAUUUUAAGAUUUUUUUAAUGCCUACAUUAACAUAAAUAUGGAGCUAACAUUCCCAAAGGAAGAAGCUAAGCUUUGAAAACACCAGCUUGGCUCGGGACUCAGCUGCACAUUGACAAGCAUUUGCUUGUUUUCCUCUCGUCAAUAUCAUCCCCUUCAUUUCAGCCUGUUUGUGCCCACGCACUCCUUUCAUUCUAUUCAAACAUGCAUUCCUACAGAAAGUCCAUUCCUACUUGUACAUAGAUCCUAUAUUCCAGUAAUUUAUCGGCCCUACAUAAUGUAAAUGUAUGUAUAUCUGCAAUACCCACAGACUCUGAUCCAGUGAUCAUACGUGUGGUUUCUCUCGUGUAAAAAGUUCAUGUUACAAAACAUGUAUGUCCUCUGUUACUCAUCGGUCAUCAUAGCUUACAUUGUGAAAAAAAGAUAUAGAAAGGUUUAUUUCAUAUAUAGCUUAUAAUAAAUGUGAAUAUGAAUAGAGUGUUAGAGAAUGAAUGUAUGAAAUUAAUAUCAGUAUAAAUAAAGAUUCAUAUAUUUAAAUAUAAUUCUUAAGAUGACUAUUAUCGACGAAUACUUUGUUUUUCCUGUGCAGCUGUGUUUUUCCCGCCAUAUUUCUCCCCAGAUUCCUAUUGUGACAUUAUCAAAACAUACAGUUAUGACAAUCUUAGCUUUGAUCUGUUGUUGAGGGUUGGGUAGGAUUUCUCCUUCAAGUAUUGUCUAUUAACUUGCCUUGACCUAAGGAGGGUUUUACUAGUUUGUUGUACAUUGGGACCACAACCCAGGGAGCUUUACCAUGUCUUAUACUGUACCAUACUUACUCACGCUGUACAAAGGCUGAGAACUACAGUCUUCGCUGAAAUAGUGCUCUACAAAGCCAUGCUUUCUCCACGCAGAUUUUACAUGAUCAAAAAGAUGCAUAUCGAAGCAUGACCGUGUUGUUGAAUGUUCUGUUCUGGUGUGUUGGUGUGUGAAUGUGUGGACAUACAGUAAUGGAACUCCUAGCCAGUCUGACUCGUUGGAUGUGAUGCGGUUGUGUUGUUGUCUGACCUCGCUGCAAUAAGUCACAUCAACAGUGAUGUUUGUGUUGACUUCGUCACAUUUGAAAAGCACAGGCCCUCUUAAAUAAGCGCUGAGUCACUCUGUUGCCAAUAGAGGAAGCCACUGUUUUUGAGAGUAGAGCACAUCUUUGUCUCUCUGAGUGGACCACUAGACUCAGUGAUCUGACUGAAUUAGAGGAAAGGAAUAUAUUGGUUAUCAGACAGAGGGACAAGCCCUACACAGGACUCAACACUAUGACCACAUACACGUCAGAUCCUAUGAAGACAGGAAUGCUCACUAUACAUUUCAAGGAAUUACAGGUAAUUGCUCUACUACAGUUUUCCAAACAAUGCAUGUCAAGCAACAACACUUAUUGGCAGUAUUCUGAAAUCCAAUGUUGUGCCACAUCUAUCUCAGGCUGAAGUUCACAUCUUAUCCCCUCCACUACUGUACAGUCUAGUCAUCUGCAGAUACUCAUGAGGCUAUUGACCUAUGCAAUCUUUGCUUCUUCCUGUUGAUACCACUGUGCUGUUGUUCUUGGUAAAGGUCUUGCCCUCCAGGUAGUUCAACUUGUGUUGUUGUGAAAAAGAGAGCCUUCAUGUUGCCCAGUUGUUUUUGCCAAAAGUGGAAAAAGCUGUUUCUGAUGACCAUUGUUCUCCUGAAUGUUCUGGAUCUCUGUCCGUCUAUAUGACACCUAAUCCUGCGUCAGCGCUGUCAUUUCUGUGUGCACCUUCUAUUUUUGUGAGACAAAGAAAGGGAUGUUGAAUAAACAUAUACAUGUGAAUGUA